AUGGAGUCAAGCGACACCAGCCAACAAGAAAAGCAGGGCACUUUGCAAGCACUGAAGUGGAAGUUCAUAGGAGCUGGAUUCGAAGCCAUCGGAGCCCAACGGGCCCCAGGAACACGCAAAUCCUGGCGCAGCUGGUGUCAUAUGUGCGCGAGCUGUCGUUUAAUUGCCACCGGGGAGAUCACAUGCACGCAAGGAUCAGGUAACGAAUUGGAUUUUGUCCUGGUCAGCCGAAGCAUUGAGUCAGCGGUCACUUUGACAGCGGAUUGGCAGGUCCCAUGGAAACCGCAUGCAGCACUGCGGUUGACCAUUGUAGGGGCAGGUGUUGUGCAACCCCAAUGGCGCUUGCAGCAUUUCGCCAAGUUGACAGGAGACGUCAGUGACCAAUUCUGGCCGCAGGUGGGCUAA